AUGGCGCACUCAAUCACACAUGUGAUAUUUGAUGUUGACGGAUUGCUGUUGGACUCGGAAAGACUUUAUGAUACCAUCAACGCACAGAUCGCACAAGAAUAUGGUAGGACGUUUACACAAGAUGUCAGACGUAAAAUAAAGGGCAAGAAAGAAGCGGAAGUAGCGCAGAGUUUGAUUGAAGAGCUGGACCUACCCAUUACAGUGCAUGACUUUCUCAUUAAAGACAGAGAACAACAGGAAAUACUACUUCCUACUGUCGAUUUACUUCCUGGUGCUGAAAAGUUAGUGAGACAUCUUCAUAAACAGGGGAUCCCUAUCGCCAUAGCAACUGGUUCUAGUAGCAGAAGUAUGAGACUGAAAACGACACGUCACAAGGACCUCUUCAGCCUCUUCAACCACUUCGUUUAUAGUAGUGAUGAUCCUGAAGUUAUCAAUAGUAAACCGGCUCCAGAUUGCUUUUUACUUGCUUCAAGUCGAUUUCCGGAUCAACCGGAACCACGCAAGUGCCUGGUGUUCGAGGAUGCUUGUAAUGGCUUGCUGGCGGCCCACGCGGCUGGGAUGCAUUGCGUGUGGGUACCUGACCAGGACCAACCUCAGGAGGGAUAUAGAGAGAUAGCUACACUGACCCUGGAAUCUCUACUACAGUUUAAACCAGAACAGCUCGGCCUACCACCUUAUAAUGUGUAA